AUGCCGGAUCCCGCCUGCUCGCCAUUCGCAUUGAGCUUGAGAAAACAAAGCUCACAAUAUCGCCGGACGAUCAGCGAAUAUCUGAAUUGGGACAUUGAAGCUUACACACUCCCUUGGAUGGCAUUUUGCGCCGGGUUGUCUAUCAACCCACCACUAUCAAAGCACCUCCGUCACAUGGUCGGCGUGCUGUCAAUGAAACAGCUCGACAUGCUGAAAGAUUAUGCGGAGGUGUAUGAUGCAUUCCUCAGUUUGCUGGUUUCGCCAGCCGGUCCAUGGACUAAGGGCCACCGCGUCCGGGAGUAUCGCCAUGCUUGGUGGACGGACCUUGCGACCAUCAAGCUAGAUUGA